AUGAGCGGCUCGAAGCCGAGGGUGGCGCCGGCGGGGGCGCUGAGCCGGCUGCGCGGGCGGAGGGGCUCCGGGGAUGCGGCCGCGGCUCCGGUGCGGGCCGUCCUGCCCCGGACGGAGGUGGAACUGCUGGCCCUCGAGGCGGUCCGGCCCGAGCACGUCCUGGGGCUCAGCCGCGUCACGGAGAAUUAUCUGUGCCGACCUGAGGACAAUAUUUACAAUAUUGACUUCACCAAAUUCAAGAUCCGGGACCUAGAGACUGGGACGGUGCUAUUUGAAAUUGCCAAACCUUCAGCUUUAGAGCAAGACGAUGAUGACAAUGACAUUGGGGAGGUGGACACGAGCGCAGGGCGCUUUGUUCGCUACCAGUUUACUCCUGCCUUUCUGCGCCUUCGGACAGUUGGUGCAACUGUGGAGUUCACGGUGGGAGACAAGCCCGUUUCGAACUUCCGUAUGAUUGAGCGGCAUUAUUUCAGAGAGCGUCUCCUCAAGAAUUUUGACUUUGAUUUUGGCUUCUGCAUCCCCAGCAGCAGAAACACUUGCGAGCACAUCUAUGAGUUCCCCCAGCUUUCAGAGGACCUCAUCCGUCUGAUGGUCGAACACCCCUACGAGACCCGCUCAGAUAGCUUCUACUUCGUUGACAACAAGCUGAUCAUGCACAAUAAGGCCGACUACGCCUACAAUGGGGGGCAGUAGCCAUCACAUCUGCAUCCUUUGGACGUUGCACUACAGCUAGUUAUUGUGACUGCGCCGAAGGAGAGCAGAAAAGCUGUUCCUUGCUCCAAGGCCUCUUGUGGAACAUCCUGCAGUGCUCAAGGCAUGCCGUUGGAGGGGCCGACGUGGCCGUAAAGGAGCUUCUCCUUGCAGUUCUGCCCUUCCCAGCAGUGUUCCUUCCUUGGCCUCUGCUUGUUUUCAUUGGUACCUUGGUCAGUUAACAGGUCAGAUUGUCCGUUUAAGGUUAACUGAUGUAGCAGUUCUCGUAGUUUGGCGACCUUGGUCUGUAUUUCUUGUGUGGUCUUCCGCUUUCCUAACUCAUCCCCUGUCCCCCAGAGACCGGUGAGCCAGGUUCCGCAGCAUGAGGCGGCUGCCUCUUCCGAGUAGCCUGUGAAGUGUAGCUAGUAGUCCCCCUCUGGAGGGACAAGGCGGUUCUAGUGAAUCACUUUGGCAGCAGCCGUGAUUGCGCCUGUCUCACAACUUCCCUGCCCUCACAGCCAUCAUGAAGAAAUACAGUCUGGAGGGGGACUUAAGUUAAGGGGAUGCUCCAGGCUGUAAUGGUGCACGGCUCUUCCCUGUACUCGUGGUCUUGGGGGAUCCGGCACCGCUUUUCAAAGGAAGGUUAUCCACUGGGUCUCACUAAAUUGGCCUCUUUUGGGAGGAAAAGGGCCUCUCCUCUCUCAACAGUUGCAGCCGGCCCCAGCUCCCCUAACCUGGCUGCGUCUCGUGUUCUGUCCUCUAUGACUGUUUUGCUCUUUCCUUGUAGGGUGUGGACAAUUGGGUGGGUAACGGUUGCUGAACGUGUCGAAUGGCAGAGCAGCUCUUCCCGGGGGUUUCUUCUGUACGUGUUGAAAAUGGAAUAACCCAUAAAUGGUAUUCGCAUAAGAAACAGUGGCGUUACCCAACCUGCAUUACCUGCACUGGUGCUUCAGUAUGUGCCCCUAGCUCCAAGAUUCCCCAGUGCAAUGGGACAGGGCCUUCCCACUUGGCAAUGAGGUGGAAGCAAGAAAAUAAAGGACUUCUCCUGAACAUGGGAAGCUCUGAGUUUUCUGCCUGUGCACUUCCUGCUUCGUUGGCUUCACUGAAACAUCUGGUAUAGGCAGCCGGUUGGCUUUUACUGUUGAGAUACAGCUACUGCUGUUGGUUAAGCCCACAUAGCUUGUAGGCUUGGAGCACAGACAAAUUGAUGAGUGUCUGAGGCUGGGGAGAGGAGGGAAGUGUGUCUCAUCCAUCAGUGAAGCAGGAGCCUUGCCCUAAUGCUUCUGUCAGCAACUAGUUGCCACAAAGCAGUGUUCAUUAUCCACCCCCCUUCCUGAUCUCAUUCUUGCCUUGCUUCAGAAUUAAGUUGGCAUUUCCUACACCAGAGAAAAUGCUGUGUGUCGGAAUGCACUGUGUUCAAAGGCCUUCUGGUCAGCUGCUGGUAAUCCCAGCUGUGUAAAAUGCUACUUCCGUAAACUCAGACUGCACAGAAGAACUAUUGUAGGCUCCUUAGGCUGGCCCUUUUUUAGGGGUGGGUGGGGGGAUGUUCACAUCCCACUGAAAUAAAUCCAUGGGGGAUGAUGGUUACAGAAUAGAGUACUGGGGUUGCUGGAGUGGUCUUAGAAAGGAAGCACAAGAUUGAACUUACUUCGAGUAGGAUAUUCCAUCCACCCUAAAAUAUUGGGAAUAUAAUAAAAAUGAAAAGGGCAGAACUUCAUGUGCAUAGCCAAAUUUUUGUGUGUGUGUGUGUGUGUGUGUGUGUGUGUGUGUGUGUGUGUGUGUGUGUGUUUUCAAGAACUGGAUUGUUCUUCUCAUUUCCUUCCAAAGAAAGCACUUAUGCAUGAGACACCCUAAAGUCCGAUCACAGCUCCUGCACUGUGAUCCAGUCAUCUCCAGAAUGAUGGUGAUACCAGUCUUGCUGCAGUGUGCCUCCUGCUUCCCUAGAAAGGUGCCUUUUGUCUCUGUCUCCAAGGCCACAUAAAAGGAACCGUAAAGAAGUCCUUCCUCAUUCCACAGGCGGUGGUGUGGAAUUGAUGUGCUUAAACACCAGGUGCCUUUUAAACUUUAUUCUUCAUGUUGCUCAGGCUUCUCCAGAUAAUGGUCUUGUCCGCCUUCCUACAAGUUAAUACUGGAUGCAUUUGGAAGGGAUAUGCCAGGAGCAGGUACUAUUCUUUGCAAUAAACUCUCAGCUGUUUGCCACUUUCUCCAGCCUCAGGACUUCUCUCCCUCUCCCUCUUGAGAGCUGAAAUCUCUCCCCUGGAAGAAUAUCAAUGUUCAGCAUGUCCUUUGUAGCCUACUGUCCUAAGCAAUAACAAAUGGAAAAGUGGGAAUGGAAGCAGAGGAGUACUUGCAUGUUAAAUGCUACAAUUGCUUGUGCUUUGAUGGACCAAAUGUUUAAAAGGGGAAGGGGGCAAAUAUCCUGCCAUCCCAGGUAACGUGGAGCUUCAUGCUCCCUGGGAUGUUUUGUGUCAAAAAGGGCUGUUUGACCCAUGGUUAGAAGAUGGCCUGUCUUUGGCUGGCUGGCCGGCCGGCCUUUAGCUUGCUUAUUUUGCUGCUUUUGGUCCAGAUUCUCACCAUACCUGUGGGGUUGGUAGGGCUUUUGUAGACAUCUGUGUACCCUCUGCAAGGGCUCCCUUUCUGUCACUCUGAUUCUGUAUCCGCGGAUUGCAUGAAGAAGGGAUGAAGAGUCUGUUUCCACCAUGUUGGCCAAAGAGUUAACGGAGACGAAGCAGAUAAAAGAAUAGUCUCCACCCAAAGAAUGGGGCAUUUAAGCUUAUGAUUUCAAUAAAUGGGUCAACUACUCAAGCAGUUACAAAUCCUUGAAAUCAUUUAUCCUGGGAAGAUGUUCUUGAUUCAUACUUCCUACCUACCUGGCCUUGUAUGGAUGACUUCGUUACAGCAUUUGAUGCACGAGGCCCACCUGGUGAAUAUGGACCAAACUGUCAAGUCUGUCUGACCCGAUUUAGAGCCAUUGUCUUCCUUGUGUUUCUUCCUCAUCCCACUAGAGAAACUGAAAACAAAAAACAGAGGGCACUCCCUGUGGUUAGCCUUGUGUGGGAAGGCUCAUUUUGCUCCCUUGUUGAAGACCCAGGAAUCGCACACGACACUUGAAAGCAAGAAAUAUCAGCUGGACAGGAAUUUACUUCUUUAUUGUAUGUGGAUUGAUAGCUGCCUUAAGAUUCAGAGAUGCCCUUUCAAUAUUUUUAGCAAAAGCUUCCGUUUCACCCUCAUAGGUAGCUGCCACCCAGGUGUAAGUGUUGACGUCCUAAAAGGCUCCACCCCCCACCCCAGGUAAUGGAGACAUGGUAACAAAGGAGGAGUGAUGUUACAUUAGGGAUUCUUGUUAGUCAAGCCCCAAACAUGCAUGGAGCACCUCUGGGUGUUUUUUUAAUUAUUAUUAUGUGGGUGGGUGUUAUAAGGCAGCCCAGGCAAGAUUAUACAGUAAGAGGACUGGUGUUAUCAGGAUCAGCAAUUGCGGGGGGGGGGGGGCAGCAGGAGGAGAUACUAGUUGCAGCACUGUGACGAAAAAGGGCCCCCACCAUGGCGUUGUGGCUCAGAUUUGGCCACUGAUCCUUUUCCUUGCUAGUUUUCUCUUUCUGCUCCAUGGCUGUCUGCACCUGUGACCCUUGGAGUGGUCUUGUGAAUUCCAGAAAAGAUCUAAGUUUUAUAUUUUUCUGUCAAUGUAUUUUUCCAUAGAAAGUGACAGAAGUGUCAAAAAAAAGUAUGUGUGAUUUCCCCCACUACCACCACCAUGUUGAACCUUCAUCAUGAUGUGUUAUCUUACGUCUCUCCUAGACCUACAGUAAAUUAGCUGACUUAUUUGUAUAAAAUGUUAUUUUGUCACAAGCAAUAGUAAUUAAAAAAAAAGCCAAAAAAGU